AUGGCCUUUAACCAGAAGCGUGGUUCCAUAUCCACGUCCUCCUCCUUCACCUCCUCUGGCCCCAACCCCAGGCGCCAGAGUUCCUAUGGACACAUCAUGGCCGGAACCGGCGGUCUCCCCUCCGCCCACACAGCAGCCAUCAAGUCGGCCCAGGCUGCCGCUGCAGCUGCAGCUGCGUCCGGCAACAAUAACAAUAGCACCGCCAACGGAAGCGCCAACAGCAACAGCAACAACAAGCACGCCAACCCAAGCAAGCGACUCAGCAACCUACACCUUUUGAACCCUCUGCAGUCUCAACACCGGAACCAGACCCUCAAGGCCCGAGUCGCCCGCGUCUGCCCCUCACUCAUCCACGGACACGGUCACAGAAAGCGCAACACCUUUGUCCUCCUCUGUGCCGGUGGUAUCGUGGUACUGAUCUACUUCAUGUCGACCUGGAACAUCACCCUCUCUUCCACUGUCCUGAAUCACGCCUCUUCUACCUCAGGUGGCGCGUCUUCACAACAACACCAACAAGCAGCAGUGCCAGCAACGCCAGCAGAGUACCUCAACCCCGAUGGAACCAAGAUGGAUUCACGCUCUAUCUUCAUGAUCCGGGACUUUGGUCGAUCGGCCUGCAAGAAGGCAUUCGACGACUCACAGCAUAAGGAAACUUUACCAGAGGAUAUUCGAUUCGAGCGGGAGCGGGCUCGCGCUCAAGAAUGGAAUCUGAUCACUAAGGAGGACGCCUGGAGCAUGUCGUUGACCUGGAAGAGAGAGUUCAAGAGGACGCUCCCCAACUGGAAGGACUACAGCUACGCAUGGAUCGGUCAGGGUAUUGUCCUCGGGGCUUUCCCUGAUGCAGACGGCAAGGACACUGUCGCCAACACAUUGGUCCAGAUCAAGUUGAUUAGGAGUCUUUCGUCUAUACCCAUCGAGGUCUGGUUCGAGCGUGUGGCGGAUAUCACGGAAGAGACUCAGGAAACAAUCGCCUCCUGGGGGGCUAUCAUCCGCACGCUUGACCAAGUCGGCUCGACCGCCAUGGAUGCUGUUGUUCAGACCUCCGACAGCGACACCAAUAAUGUUCCUGGAUCGCUCCACCAGGCGAUCCCUCCAUCUGAAAUCCAAGAGUUCAAGGCAAAGAUCGGACAGGAUCUGGGCCGCUUACAAAAGGCCAUGACCCUCGCCGCGUUGAUCAACUCUGGAUUCGAGGACAUCUUUUACCUCUCACCUUCGACUUUACCCAUGCAGUCCCCUCGAAUCAUCUUCCAACGGGAAGAUUACCUGCGUUCUGGAGCCAUCUUUUGGCAACACCCUUCAUCAUUCCCUGCCUACGAUAGCCCGAUCUGGUCGAUCGCCCAGGCCGACUGCAACCCAUCCAUGUACGAACAGUCCUGGAGUGCCUUCGCCCUUCGUCACAAGGAUUCCUGGAAGGGCCUCUUCCUCGCCUGGCACUGGUUGACGGGCGUUGAGUCUCACCGGUACGAGCAUCUCAUCGGAACUCACGGCAACGAUCUCUUGCGAGUCGCCUGGAUGGCCCUCAACAAACUAUACACCAACGUCCCCAGGAUGCCCCAGGCCGGACUCUUGGACCUGUCCCGCUCUAAAGGCGACGGCAUCGCCUGCAACCAGGGCGCAAACCUAUACCCCGCCCCAGGAGCCACCGUCCUCGAGAACCCCAAACAAUACACCGCUGACCAACGCCAGAUCCAAAAACUGUUCCAAAAGAGCUACCGCUACGGAGGCCCCGACGAGCUCUUUGUCCCCAACCACAACGUCAUGAUGGUCGACACCAGUCUUGACAGCGGACUGAUCCACUCGGGCUCGAACGAUCGCCACUUCCAUGCGGCGCUUGAUACGGCACUGACGCACCAAAAAGACCCCACACGGUUGCUUCUCACAGAUGUCUAUGCCGCUGGUUCGGGUCGACGCACUUGUCUGAAGAUUUCAAGGAAGCUCAAGGGACACCAACACGAGUAG